AUGCAGGAAAGAUGUGAGUUUGUGAUAAAAAUCCCCAGAGGAAACGCAGAGCUGGAGGAAGAAGAGGAGGAAAUGGCAGCUUCUCAGGGACGGCUGACAUUCCAGGAUGUGACCAUAGACUUCACUCAAGAGGAGUGGGAAUGCCUGGACCUCGGUCAGCGGGACUUGUACAGGGAUGUGAUGUUAGAGACCUACGGGAACCUGGCCUCCUUGGGUCUUGUGGUCUCCAAGCCGGACCUGGUGACCUUUCUGGAGCAAAUGAAGACUCCCUGGGAUGUAAGGAGAACGGACACAACAGCCACAUACCCAGGUAGGUGUGAAUGGAUGGAGCUGAUGACUCAGCCUGCCCUGGAUAUUGAGGGGCGCUUCCCCAUCGCUCUGUGGCUGUCACCGCCCUGUCUGUGGUGGGUGUGCACCCUGGUUGGCGGAACAGAGCCCCCAGAUCUGUUUCUUCGCUGUGAUCCUGAUCUGUGUGGAGGCAGGUGGGAUUGGAGCACACCCCCGGGAGAGAAGCCCCUGAGGAUUGCUGCUCUGGGGAUGUUCCCCUUGGGACGUGCUCUGUGCGUCACUUUCACCCAUUGGAGUAUUCAGAAUCCACAGAAAAACUACAAGUGUAAGAAAUGUGAGAAAGUCUUUGCUAACAUACUUAACCUAUGUAAACAUAGGGACAUUCAUACAGGAUGGAAUACUUUCAAAGGUACAGAAUGUGACAAAACGUUUAAUCAGAGUUCAAAACUUAGUCAACAUCAGCGAAUCCAUAUUGGCCAGAAGCCUUAUAAAUGUAAGGAUUGUGGCAAAGGCUUUAUACAACACAGAGAUCUUACUUGCCAUCAGAGAAUUCACACUGGAGAGAAACCUUAUAAAUGUCAAGAAUGUGGAAAAGCUUUCAGUCAAUACGCAACUCUUAGUAAACACCAGCGAAUUCAUACUGGAGAGAAGCUUUAUAAAUGUAAGGAUUGUGGCAAAGACUUUAACCAGGGCUCAGGCCUUAUGUACCAUCAGAGAGUGCAUACUGGAGAAAAGCCUUAUAAAUGUAAUGAUUGUAGCAAAGGCUUUAGCCAGCUCUCAGGUCUUACUUGCCAUCAGAGAAUUCACACUGGAGAGAAACCAUAUACAUGUCAAGAAUGUGGAAAAGCUUUCAGUCAACAGGCAAAUUGUAAUAAACACCAGCGAAUUCAUACUGGAGAAAAGGGUUAUAAAUGUAAGGAUUGUGGCAAAGACUUUAGGCAGGGCUCAGGCCUUAUGUACCAUCAGAGAGCUCAUACUGGAGAGAAGCCUUAUAAAUGUAAGGAUUGUGGCAAAGGCUUUAGCCGGCACUCAGACCUUAUAUCCCAUCAGAGAGUUCAUACUGGAGAGAAGCCUUAUAAAUGUAAGGAUUGUGGCAAAGGCUUUAGCCGGCACUCAGGUCUUACUUGCCAUCAGAGAGUUCAUACUGGAGAGAAGCCUUAUAAAUGUAUGGAUUGUGGCAAAGGCUUUAGCCAGCUCUCAGGUCUUAUUUGCCAUCAGAGGGUUCAUACUGGAGAGAAGCCUUAUAAAUGUAAGGAUUGUGGCAAAGGCUUUAGCCAGCUCUCAGGUCUUAUUUGCCAUCAGAGGCUUCAUACUGGAGAGAAGCCUUAUAAAUGUAAGGAUUGUGGCAAAGGCUUUAGCCGGAACUCAGGUCUUAUUUGCCAUCAGAGGGUUCAUACUGGAGAGAAGCCUUAUAAAUGUAAGGAUUGUGGCAAAGGCUUUAGCUGGCACUCAGGUCUUACUUGCCAUCAGAAAAUUCACACUGGAGAGAAACCUUAUAAAUGGCACGAAUGUGGAAGAGCUUUCAGUCAAUACGCAACUCUUAUUAAACACCAGCAAAUUCAUAGUGACGAGAAGCCUUAUAAAUGUAAGGAUUGUGGCAAAGGCUUUAUUCAACGAGGAGGUCUUACUUGCCAUCAGAGAAUUCACACUGGAGAGAAACCUUAUAAAUGUCAAGGAUGUGGAAAAGCUUUCAGUCAGUACGCAACUCUUACACAACACCAGCGAAUUCAUACUGGAGAGAAACCUUAUAAAUGUAAGGAUUGUGGCAAAGGCUUUAGCCGGCACUCAGGCCUUAUAUACCAUCAGAGAGUUCAUACUGGAGAGAAGCCUUAUAAAUGUAAGGAUUGUGGCAAAGGCUUUAGCCGGCACUCAGGCCUUAUAUACCAUCAGAGAGUUCAUACUGGAGAGAAGCCUUAUAAAUGUAAGGAUUGUGGCAAAGGCUUUAGCCGGCACUCAGGCCUUAUAUACCAUCAGAGAGUUCAUACUGGAGAGAAGCCUUAUAAAUGUAAGGAUUGUGGCAAAGGCUUUAGCCGGCACUCAGGCCUUAUAUACCAUCAGAGAGUUCAUACUGGAGAGAAGCCUUAUAAAUGUAAGGAUUGUGGCAAAGGCUUUAGCUGGCACUCAGGUCUUACUUGCCAUCAGAGAAUUCACACUGGAGAGAAACCUUAUAAAUGUCAAAAAUGUGGAAAAGACUUUAGUCAACACCCUACUUUUACUCAACACCAGCGAAUUCACACUGGAGAGAAGCCUUAUAAAUGUAAGGAUUGUGGCAAAGGCUUUAGGCACCGCAAAGUUCUUACUCGCCAUCAGAGAAUUCAUACUGGAGAAACCUUAAUAAUAUAG